UGUUUUAUCAUUCAAUAGUGAGUAUCGAUUCGGAACUGUACAAUCGAAGUACACUUUAUACAACAAUGAUUUACACAGUUCUCCUUUUCACGGUACUUUGUGUCCUAGGCGCAAAUGCUUCACCGGCUCCUCUCAAGUUGCCGACGCAAAUUGCUGAAAAAGUGAAACUUGUAGGAAGUCAAUGCAUUAAGGAAACCGGAGCUCCGGCUGACGCCCUCACAAACACUAUGUCUUGGAAUCUAUCUGAAAACGAAACCAAUGAAAAGUUUCUAUUUUGUCUGUGCAAAGGAAACAAUUUAAUAAACGACGAAGGUUACUUUGAUUAUGAAAAAACUGUGAAAAUUUUCGCAAACAGUGACAAAAAAGAUGAUACCGCAAAAGCUUUAACAGAAUGUAAUGCGCUAAAAGCAAAAGAUAAAUAUGAAACUGUGUACAAGAUAACGGAUUGUUUCUUUGGAAAAGUACCUAUAACUUUGUCGUUGUAAAAUAACUUUCCUCAAUGAAAAUGUUGAGUUUCGUAUUCAAAUUUUGUUGUGACGGAAAAUAAAUGUUUUAAAACUAUGUU